AGAAAAGCCACGAGUUAUACGAGCUCCGGAACUAGAGGAACUGCUCCAGGCUACUCCCAGGGAGAGAAAUGGGGCACAUUGUACCAGUAGUCAUUUUGCUUAUUGCCUGUUCAGAUCUUCUUCAAGCAUCCAGGUUUUUCCACUUGAAAGAAAAAACUUUAAUUGUAGAGGUUGAUCGAUUAAAAACAAAAAGUGGAGAAACUGUGACCAUUGAAUGCAAUACCACUGCUCACAGCAAUGCUGCCCUCGACAACAAAAGAAUACACUGGAGCAAAAAGGGCCGCACAGGCAAAACCCUCACCGUGAGAGUAAGCGAACGCCCGGAUGCGCAAAACUAUACGUGUAUGCUGGGAAAUGAGAUCAUUGACUAUACACAGGUUGUAAUACAUGAGGUGAACCAGCACCCUAUCAGAAGAAUUCUCAAGGUAAAAAGUCCAAUAAGUUGUAUGAUAAAAAACUACCAUGGCCAUUUCACUUGCUCAUGGAACGGAACAUCCGAACCCAAUAUUGAGUUCUUCUUUGAAGCCUUUGACAAGAACAGCGACAGUCCAUUAACCUGUGGGAACAUCGAAAAACAUAAUACAGAAGGAAAUGCGAUCCCCAGCUAUACGGUGCACUGUCAUGACGCUCACACAUGCCAUUACUCAGAAGAUCCAAGUAUUGAUGUGGAGCUGCAUGUCCUGACCAAGACCAUGUAUGAGCAUCAUACUAAAUCCUUCACAUUGCGAAACAUCAUAAAACCUGAUCCGCCACAAGAUCUUCGCUUAGAGAACAUAAACAACGACCUCUACUUACAUUGGAAUUAUCCAAAAACUUGGUGCAACUCACACUCAUUCUACGGGCUUGUGUUUAACAUCAAAGUGGAAAGGAAAAGUCCAAACGAGGAGGAGAACUACCUAAAUGUUGAUAACACAUCCCUGUUCCUGGGCCACAAUGAGGUCACACAGUUCUGCGUUCAAGCCCGAGACAUGUACCAUGUUAACUCUUCCUGGAGCAAUUGGUCAUGUGCCAAGUAGCAAGGAAAAACACAAAAAGCAGCACAAACAAGAGAAGGACAAGAAGAAAAAGAAAAAAGGCAACAAAAAACAAAAAAGGCAACAAAAAACAACAAUGACGUAAAAUAAUAAUUGCACACAAGCAUACAACUUGGAUCUCCUAUUUUUGCACAGUUGUGACAAUACGAAGCAGGCCAUUGCAUUGUUACAUUGUUAUACUUCAUAGAGUCUUUUUUUAAUAUAUAUUUUUGUACCGUUAUUUAUUUCUUAUGUACAAUAAGUUUGAUCAGUUUUAAACUGAUAAGUGGGUCUAAUAGAGCACCCAGUUUUGUACCAUAGAAUAAGGGCCUGGGCGACUAGGGUGAUGCUUACCUGACAUUUUUACUUCAUGGCAUAGAGACGUCUCAGAAGUUUGGAUGGGUGGAGGUCCAGGUGGUAGAAAAGUCUAUAGACUUUUAUGGGGGAGAUUUAUCAAAACCUGUCUAGACUAAGAGUGGUAGAGUUGCCCAUGGAAACCAAUCAGAUCACUUCUUUCAUUUUUCCCAGGCCUCUUUAAAAAGGAAAGAUGUGAUCUGAUUGGUUGCUAUGGGCAACUGCACCACUCUUCCUCUGCA